UAUUUUUUCCUAUUCCAGUGUAUUGAAUAUAAAAUAAUAGGAUAGUCUAUGACUGAAACUGUUACCGGAUUACUUUUCAGGAAUGCGUAGGUAGGUUAGGCGUUGGCCGUGUUGCAAUGAAUGACAAUAAAACAUGCAAUUAUGUUUUAUAUAUUUAUUCGAGAAAAACGUGCAAUAAAAAGAAUAUAUAUUUAUGUUUAGCAAGUUUUGAUGUACACCAUUCAAGAGCUGAAUAGAAGAAGGGACUAGUUUGUUUGAGUUGAACCGAAUAUGGCAGCAACAUUGAGUCUUCCUAUCAUUGACCUCUCUUCGCCCCAUCGUCUUUCCACCGCCAAUUCCAUCCGUCAGGCAUGCGUGGAGUAUGGCUUCUUUUACCUUGUGAACCACGGGGUGGACACAGAGUUUAUGAAGAAAGUGUUCGGCCACAGUACCAAGUUCUUCUCACUUCCUCUCCAACACAAAAUGGACUUGGCCCGCAAGGACUACAGAGGCUACACUCCUCUCUAUGCUGAGACUCUUCACCCUACUUCGCUCUCCAAAGGUGAUCCAAAAGAGAGUUAUUACAUUGGCUCUGUAGAAGAUACCUCUAUUGCUCAUCUCAAUCAGUGGCCUUCUGAAGAGUUACUGCCAAACUGGAGACCUACAAUGGAAUCCUUGUUUUGGAAACUAGUUACAGCUGGAAAAGAGCUGCUGUCUCUCAUUGCCCUGUCCUUGAAUCUGGAUGAAAAUUACUUUGAGAAGAUAGGCGCCUCAAACAAACCAUCAGCCUUUCUUCGCCUUUUGCACUAUCCAGGUAAAUUGGGAUCGGAUGAAGAGAUAUAUGGUGCCUCUCCUCAUUCAGAUUAUGGCAUGAUCACUCUCCUAAUGACUGAUGGUGUUCCCGGACUGCAGAUCUGCAAGGAGAAAUUAAAUCAACCUCAAGUCUGGGAGGAUGUGUCUCAUGUAGAAGGGGCCUUAAUAGUGAACAUUGGUGACUUAAUGGAGAGAUGGACAAAUUGUUUAUACAGAUCAACACUUCACAGGGUUAUGCCAACAGGAAAAGAACGUUAUUCUGUUGCAUUCUUCUUCGACCCGCCCUCAGAUUGUGUAGUGGAAUGCUUUGAAAGUUGCUGCAGUGAAUCAUCUCCUCCCAGAUUCCCUCCAAUACGCAGUGGGGACUACUUGAAUGAACGGUUCAGACUCACAUAUGGUUCUGAAAGGGAACUAAAAUGCUCUAUCCAGUUAAAGAACUAAAGCCUGUACUUAUGGGAUGCUAACACAUUUUCACAUUAGUGACAAAUGUGAAAAUAUGUGGAGUGCAUAGACAUUUCAGAAAAUUGUUAAAUUAAUUUGCGAAAAGUGUUCAAUGAUUGUUUGUGGCUGUGUUUGCAUGGUUGUUUAAAUGAGAUCGAACCUAUUGUUAUUGCUUUUGUUGUUGAUAUUAUAUUUAGUAUAAAACUUUAUUU